GUACAGUUUACAAAUUUCGCGUUGUUUUCGCCAUGUUGGGAUAGGCAGGGCAAAAAGCUUCCGGGGAUUCGCUUUCCAUUUUCCAGCGAUGGCUGUUUUUAUUCUUUUGUGACAAGAUAUUUGGUUACCGCUACUUAUUCUAACUUGAGAGAGUUCCCUCGACACCCCCGCCAUGUCCUCCCAUAAUGUCACCGUGACCUUGGAGGACGCCCUCUCCAACGUCGACCUGCUCGAGGAGCUUCCUCUACCUGACCAACAACCUUGCAUCGAAGCAACGGCCGUUUCCCUGACGUAUCGCGCAAACUUUGAUACCAACUUUGAGGACAGAACAGCUUAUGUUACUGGGAUAGCAAAGUACAUAGAAGAGGCCACUGUUCAUUCGGAAUUGCUUUCAGCAAUUGUCCAAUAUUUUCAAGAUGCUGAAACCCACAAUGAUCUGAAUAAAUUAUUGGAAGAGGGAGAGAGCUAUGCAGUCACACUGUACACAUGGAGAAGCUGCUCAAGGGCAAUGCCACAGAUCAAAUCAAACAACCAACCCAACAGGAAACAGAUUUAUGAGACGUUUGUUGAUGUUCUACGACCAGAGGUCACCAAGCUAGUCAAUUUCAUGUACUUUCAGCAAAGAGCAAUUGAUGUUUUCUGCAGAGAUGUGAAACGUCUAUCCCAUGCGGAAAAGAGGAAGGACUUUGUGUCGGAGGCGUACCUCCUGACGCUAGGACGUCUCAUCAACAUGUUUGCAGUUCUGGAUGCUCUUAAGAAUGUCAAAGCCAGCAUCAAGAAUGACUAUGCUGCCUACAGGAGGGCAGCCCAGUUUCUGAAGGUGAUGGCUGAUCCUCAGGCCCUGAGGGAAUCACAGGAGGUGGUCCUGUUCCUGGCCAACAACGACAAGAUCACCAGAACUCUGAAGGAGAACCUGGAGAAGAUCCAGGGCUAUGAGGAACUCCUGAUGGACAUCGUCAAUCUCUGCGUGGACCUCUUUGAACAACGCCAGUAUGUCAUGCCAGCUGAAAAACACAUGCUUCUCAAGGUAAUAGGCUUUGGUCUAUACCUCAUUGAUAGCAAAGAGAACAACAUCUACAAGCUGGACCAGAAGAAGAGGAUUAAUCUAAACAAAGUAGACAAGAUUUUCAAGCAAUUGGAAGUGGUGCCCCUCUAUGGUGAUAUCCAAAUCCCUGUGUUCACCUACAUAAAGAAGAGCGCCAACUACGAGUCCCACAAGUCCUUUUGGAAUCCCGACAUGUCGUCAGCUGCACAGUACAACCUCCUAGAGCACCUGCAACCAAUCAGAGACAGCCAUAUGAGAUAUAUCAGUGAGCUUGCCAGACAUAGCAACAAGGAGGUUACCACAGCACAGAAAGACACAGGUCGGACUGAGGAUGAGAAUCGUGUACUGUAUGAGAUAGCUCUGCGUGGACUGAGGUUAUUGUCGCGGUGGACGUCCCUUGUCACAGAACUGUUUUCUUGGAAACUGUUUCAUCCUGCUGAGACUAGGGACAUCAAAGCUCAAGAAGCCGAGGAGUAUGAGAGGGCUACGAGGUACAACUACACGAGCCAGGAGAAGUUUGCACUGAUCGAGGUGAUCGCUAUGAUCAAAGGCCUUCAGGUCCUGAUGAACAGGAUGGAAAGUGUGUUCUGUGAGGCCAUCCUCAGGACGGUGUAUGCAGAGAUGCAAGACUUUGUUCAACUCACUCUACGAGAGCCGCUCAGGGUGGCAACUAAGAAGAAGAAGACACUUGUAGUCAGUAUUAUCCGAGCCGUUCGAGAGACCUGUGCUGAUUGGCUUAGAGGGGUAGAACCCAACGACCCGGCCCUGAAAGGAGAGAAGGAUCCCAAGAAUGGAUUUUCAUUUGAUGUGCCCAGGAGAACAGUCGGUCCAUCAAGUACACAGCUCUACAUGAUGCGAACCAUGCUGGAGUCUCUGACCGCUGACAAGGGAGGCACCGGCAGGAAGACCUUACGCAAGGAGCUAGAGAGCAUCUUCACGGUGGAGCCCCUGGAGAAGUUCCACAAGAGGACGUUCUUCUUCACCUGUAUGCUCAAUUUCUCAGAAACACUGCAAGCAUGCUGUGAUCUCUCCCAACUGUGGUAUAGAGAGUUCUUCCUUGAAAUGACAAUGGGAGAACGAAUUCAGUUUCCAAUUGAAAUGUCAAUGCCAUGGAUCCUGACUGAUCAUAUCUUAGAGACAAAGGAACCUUCAAUGAUGGAGUACAUCUUAUAUCCACUUGAUCUGUACAGUGACAGUGCUCAGUAUGCACUCACGCAAUUCAAGAAGCAGUUUCUCUACGAUGAAAUAGAAGCAGAGGUGAACCUGUGCUUUGAUCAGCUGGUGUACAAACUCAGUGAGCAAAUUUUUGCCUACUACAAGGCCCUUGCUGCAAGUAUAUUGCUGGACAAGAGAUUCAGGACAGAGUGUCAGAACUUUGGCAUUCACAUACUCUAUCCACCUCCAAACAAGUACGAGACAAUACUCAGACAGAGGCAUUUACAGCUCCUUGGUCGUUCUAUAGACCUGAACCGACUGAUCUCACAGCGAAUCCGAACCUCACUCCAACGUAGUCUUGAUCUUGCCAUAGCCCGCUUUGAGAGCAGCGAUUUCACAUCCAUUGUGGAGCUUGACCAACUUGUAGAGGUCAAUCGCUUGACCCAUUCACUCCUGUCCAAGUUUCUGACCCUUUCUGAGUUUGACUCCAUGCUGCGUGAGGCCAACCACAACGUGAUGGCACCCUACGGCCGUAUCACGCUUCAUGUCUUCUGGGAGCUCUAUUAUGACUUUAUACCAAACUUCUGUUACAAUGGAUCAACAGAGAGGUAUGUCAGGACGAAGCUGUCGUUCAUUGAUCCCCCUAGCAGAGACAAGCCACCCACGGCUGCGGCAUCCUAUCUGUUUGGAUCCAAGGCUCUGAACAGUGCAUACAGCAGGGUGAACAGUCUCUAUACCACAUUCGUUGGUAUCCCUCAUAUACGGUGCAUGGUGAAGCUCUUAGAGUAUCAGGGUAUUGCCGUCAUCAUGGAAGAACUCCUCAAGAUUGUCAAGGGUCUGCUCCAGAACACAAUCCUCCAGUACACCAGGGUACUCAUUGAAGUGAUGCCCAGGAAAUGCAAGCUACCGAAGUACGAAUACGGAACCAAAGGUGUGGUAGCAUACUACUCAGCGCAUCUCCAGGACAUCGCCCAGUACCCGGACCUCAAGGUAAACCUCUUCCGGAAUUUCCAGGAGGUCGGAAACACCAUCAUCUUCUUCCGUCUGAUUGAGCAGAGUCUGGCCGUAGAGGAGGUCUGUGACCUUCUUCAUGCCUCCCCCUUCCAGAACAUCAUCCCAAAGCCGCAUGUCAAAGCCGGUGAGAAGCUAGAGGUAAAACUGAAGAGAUUGGAGGCUGGAUUUGCUCCUCUCCACGUUGUUCCUGUUAUAGAGAAACUUGGAUCACAAGAGCAACUUGCUGACACACGAGAGGGAGACCUGCUGACGCGUGAACGUCUCUGCUGUGGGUUGAGCAUGUUCGAGGUGGUGCUGUCUCGGAUCCGUAGCUUCCUUGACGAUCCCGUCUGGUCCGGUGAGGAACCCAUCAAUGGAGUGAUGAACAUCGACGAGUGCACCGAGUUCCAUCGGCUCUGGAGCGCUAUUCAGUUUGUCUAUUGUCUACCUCUCAAGGAGAACAACUUUACACCAGAGGAGAGUUACGGAGAAGGUCUUAACUGGGCAGGCUGUACCCUGAUCACUUUGUUGAAUCAGAAGAGACGGUUUGAAGCUCUUGAUUUCAGCUACCAUAUCCUCAAAAUCAAUAAGGUGGACAAUGUGAAUGAAGACAUCAAUGGCAUUCCCGUUGGCCGACUUGUUGACCGUAUCCGGAAGUACCAGAUCCUCAACGGACAGAUCUUUGCAGUCCUUGGUAAAUACCUGAAGGCUGGAGAAGGUGAGAAUCCUCCGGUGGAGCAGAUCCGAUGCUACAAGCCACCCAUCCACCAGUCUGUCAUGGAAGGCAUGUAAGGAUAUCCUGAAGAGACCUGAAGGCUAGUCUAGGAAAUUCCUGGAUAGGAUUGUUUUAUAUUUUGACAAGCUAAUAACUGUUAUAAAAACUCCAAUUUAUUAACCAGUCUGGCCUUGAAGGCAUGUAAGGAUAUCCUCAGAGACCUAUCGACUACUCUUGGAAAUUCCUGGAUAAAUGCAUGUUCAUUGUACAGACAAACUAAAAUCUAUUGAUAAUGUCCCAUCGACCAAGGAAGUCUGUCAUGAAAGCUAAGUAAGGAUAUCUCUAGUGAGCUUUCAGCCUGAAGGCUAUUUAAGGAAAUUCCAAUAUGUCUUUACAUUUAAGAAUAAGCUGAAAACUAUUGAAAACCACCUCCCAUCAACCAGCCUGUCAUGAAAAGCUUGGAUAUCAUCAGAGACCCGAAGGCUACGCUAGGAAUUUCCAGAAUAGUUAUCUUCAAUGUAUGGACAAGCUUUAAAAAAAUUGAAAACCUCCCAUCCAUCAACCAGUCAGGUCUUGAAGGCAUGUAAGGAUAUCCUUGAAGUCCAACAACCUGAAUUCCCUCUUGGAAUUUCCAGAGUGGAUUUCUUCAGUGUUUGUACAUCUGCAUUGAUUGGACAACUGAAAUCCUUGAAAAAUGUACAUGGAAACCUCCCUCCUAUUAGCCAGGUUUUACAGUCAUGUAAGGAUAUUCUUAAAGACCUAUCAACAUGAAUGCCACUAAAGGAAUUUUUUGAGAAGGUAUGUUCAAAGAAUGGACAAGCUGAAAACUAUUGAAAAGCUCCCAUCCACAAAACCACUCAGUCAUGAAAGGCAUGUAAGGAUAUCAUCAACGACCUAUCACCAUAAAUGAUAAUGAUAUCCCCAAAGAUUUUUAACCUGAAAGCUACUCCAGUAAUUUUCUGAAUGAGUAUCAAGAAUAUCCCCAAAGUCCAAUCAUUAUGAAGGUUAAGGAAUAAUGUCUCCAAAGGCCUUUCAACAUGAAUACCAGUCCAGAAAUUUCCUGAAUAGGUACUGACACCACCCCCCCCCCCCACUUGUCGGCUAUUUGAAGGCAUGGAAGAAUGUCCUCAUUGACCGAUCAACCUGACAGGUGCUCAAGGAAUUCAAGUGAAGUUUUCCUACAAAGGUAUUUUUCACUGAAUGGACAAUUUGAACUGCAUAUAGAUGCGAGAACAUUGAAACAUCCCUUUAAAAAAAAUUAAACAUCCCUCCAAUCAGUCAGGCCUAGGAGGCAUGGAAAAAAUCUUCAAAGACCUGUCAACAUGAAGGAUGCUCAACAAAUUUAAUUGACCAUUUUCUGAAAAGGGAUAAGUGGACAAGUUGAAAUGCAUUGACAAAUGUAAAUGGAGCCUCUAGUCCUACAUAUUGAAAUGUCUCUUGACCAAAAGACAUGGGAGCAUUUUGGAUGUGACCUAUCAACCUGAUAAAGGAGAUUGACUCAGGUUCUUCAGUCUUUUUUAUUGAAUGGACAAGCUGUAUAUGGCAUCAAAUCUGAUAGUCAAAUCACCAAAGGCAAGCAAGGAUAUCGUCUGAAACCCUGAGAAUGCACAAGAAAUGCCCGGCGGAUAUAUUCUUAGGAUACAGACCCAGUAGUGUUUCCUGUAUUAAAUGUCUAUGAGGGGAGAUGUGUUGAGCUGUGAGUCAUAGAAAGGCACUUCUUUCUAAACAACAUCCACAUGUGCAUAUUAUGCACAUUGCGGGAUAUUCACCAUGUACAGAUGUGAUGAUUAAAUUUGUAAAAUAAGUCUUUAUGGUGCUCGAAGAUGCUUAUAUCUACCAAUUUGUCAGAUUUAUAACCAUGGGAGCUGAUAAAAUCCCCCAAAACAGCCAAUAUCAUAAGUAGAUGAUGGUAGUGAGGAAAGAUUAGUAUUUCUCUAAUUUUUUUAUUAGGGUUUUUUUUUGUCCUAUGGCAUUAUAUUUUAUUCAACCUUUGUGGAUUUAAGAGGUUGAUAGUGAUCCCCGAAUCUUUUAAAGAGAUCUACUCAAAAUUUACUUUCCAAUUUCAGCACUAUGACUCAAUAGAGGGGUUCGAUGGUACAUGGUACAUUUUGUACAACUUCUGGUAUUGUUCACCAAAAAGAAUAGGAUGUUAUGCAAAGGGAUCAAUAUGCAUGCAGAUUAUAUUCGGGUAUUGCACAGGGUAUGUAGUGUAUGUACACACCCACAUAAAUACUUUGUAUUUGAUGUACAAUCCUUUUGUAGUCUGUACCUAUUUGAAGUUGUCUGUGGCAGUGUUUACCUUUUUUCCUUACAAUUACACCCUUAGUUUCGUCAAAGUUUUGUUUUAUUUAUGUUCGAUCCUUAACACUUAGAGAUUUUAAUUGAUAUAUAUUAAUAUAUGUAAAAAUAUCACUACAUAUCAAACAAAUGUAUGUUUUUUUGUCACUUGCAAUUUUCAGCCACUUACAUGUACAGGCAUUGAAUAGGAGAGAAAGGGGUGUUUUAGGGACUUUAUUGUGGAAUUCCAUUGAUGAAAAGUAUAGCUUUUUAUGAUGAUAUCAUUUUGAUACGAAAUGAACUCACUGGUCAGUCUUUGAAUGAAGGCUGGGAAUUAUUUGUAAAUUGUUGUUUGAAAACCAAAUAUAAUGUAUAUAUACCUAAAACUUACAUGUGUGCUGCCCACAAACAGAUUUUAAAAUUAAAAGCAAGAAGAGAGAACAAAUGCUCCCCUGUGGCACACACGUAUUACACAAAAUGUUAAAUUGUGAUUUUAGAGUGGCUUAAAGAAAUGAAACAAUUUAUUUAUUACAGAAUUUUUGUCAGAAGUGAGAGAGUGGGAUUUUUUGGUCAUGUUCUUUGUGAAAUUUUCAAACAAUGGUUUGUAUGUUGUUGCAAUUGUAUAAGUAUAUAAUGUACAUAUUUAUUGUUUAUGUUUAGUAUGUACUGUAUGGUGGUGUUGCGAAGUGGGAAGUGCUUUUCCUGCAUCAGGAUCAAGAAAUGUUGAAAACUACGUAGGCAAGGAUGCAUUUGAUACGGUAUAACUUGUUUAUAUAAAGAAAUAGAUUUUUAAACUACAUGCAUGUAAUAUAAAAUCUCAUCAUUGUACGGAAGAAGUAGGACUCUCGUCGCACUUCUGGCCUCUCCAUUGAAAUAAAGCUUGUGUAAGUCCUUAAACGACUAACUCGCAUGUGUGGAGGUUGGUCUUUAUGGGAGGAAUUAAUAACAGUAAUAAUGGCAUAUGGACCCAGGUUAGCCACUUCAGUUCCAAAGCUGUUCUCCCAUUUGGCACUGUUAUUAUUAUUACCCUGACUUUCGCUGGGCUAUGUAGGAUUUGGUGUAAGGAGGACCUGUGUUUUGUCCAGUCUUCUUUUUAAGAGCUACAUGCAAGGUAGAUUCCGAGACCACAAAAGAAGGGAGACUGUUCCAGGUGUCAAUCUCUUCUUGAUAGAAUCCGUUUGUAACUUCUGAGUUCCUUCUAUAUUUGAAGAGUUUCAUACAAUGACCUUGAGUGCUACUGUGAACUAGUCUGCAAGCACAGACCCUGAUUGAAACUUUGCUCAACAAGUGGGUCUUCGCACAAGACUAGCAUUGUAGGCUGCACAGGGUAUUGCACAGCAGACGAAAUGUGAAGUAUAGGAGCGAAGUAGUACACAUCAGGUUCAAAGUUCUUAUGAUUUAGUGGAUUUUCUUAUAAGCAACUUAACAUUUUAAUGUGAAAUGAACAUGCUGCUAAGUUUGGAACACAGGAGGGCAGUUUUUGGUCACAAGUUGACGCUUCAAGGGGCGCCAAAUUAUGGAUUAUUUUUGUCCCAGCAUACUUUUUGAGUACGCAGCACCCUUAUCUUGGCCAGUUUGAUGUUGCAUGGGCUGCCUCAUCUAAAGUCCAACUUACAAAAGUGACUGGUGUCUAUUACUAUCUGGAGAAAUUGAAGAGUGUCAUCGAAUGUUACUACUCCUACUAGUUACAUAAUAUAAUCAGGCAUAAUGUACGAUGAACCUCAAAUAUUUUUCGCCAUUUUAAAUAGUUCAUGACUUCCAUUUUGUCUAAAAAGUUCAGGUAUUGUUGAUCAAAUACCAGGAAAAGAUACAGUACAGAGAAGGCGAUUAUUUACAAUUGCCACUCUCCACCCAGGUGAAGUAAGUAUGUGGUAAGAAGGAACUACAUGAGUAUUCGAGCACUCGAUCAGGGAAGCCGUGCUAAAGCCGGGGUAGUAGUAUGCAGCACUAUAUACAUAUUGCAUAUUAUUUCUAUUAUUCAGUCAGAAGUUAAUUUUUGUACUUCCAUCAAACUUAACUCGUCCCUUUAAUUUGAGUCCCCCCCCCUUCCAUCUUUUUAAUUGAUGUGGAUCAAUAUCACUGCAAUAUCUACGUGUAUUGGAAAAAAGUCUCUGCUUGAUCCACCAUCUUGCUCUGUGUAAAUGUAUUACUCUGUGUGAAUUGUGUAUCUAAAUGAAAUAGUAUUUAUGUGAGUUCAGUAAUCUUUGAAUGUGUAUAAAUAAACAGUAGCUAACAUUUACUUUGUGAGGCUGUUCAAAAGAAUGUUUGGUUUAUCCCAUGUCAUGUUGUAUCAUUAGUCGAUUAUGAUGGCAUGUAUUUUAAUACAUAAACAACCUAAUUUGUUUUUAUUUAGGUCUGUGAAGGAUUGCUAUUAUAAUGUAAGACUGAUCAUUGGUCAUUUGCCAACAUUUCCUAGGCGAUUAAUGCAAUGUAGACCAGCAAAAUUCUCAUUUUCUUAUCCAAUUCCCUUUUUUCACCGGGGUCAUUUAACUAGGCUGACAACCCACUCACUCUCAAAAGGGAUUAAAUAAAGGGUUUCAUUUUUUUUCAAAGAUGAAUAGAAAUUGCAUGAUAAAUGUAGGCAUAACAAAAAAUGCAUAACUUAUAAAUGCACUACACUUUGAUAAUAGAUCACACAUACAACUUGCACUUUGUGCUGGUAAUAAUGUAUUAAAAUCAUACAUCAGUAUAAAAUCACAGAUAUGAAAAUUCAUACAUCAUUUUAUUCAUCCUACUGCCACAUUAUACAGUUAUAAUAAAUAUUUCAAUGCAUAUUCAAAUCGUUCAAAUUAUCAAUAUCCGGCAAUUUUCUGUUCUUCAAACCAAUCCUUUUGUAUGUUUUCUAUCUUUAUGCAAAAUUUCUACAAAAAAACUUGAAACUUGGGAUAUGCUUGGAGAAGAAUUCAGAUUAGCCUAUUUGACAACCACACAUUUGGAUUUUUCAUAGGUAAAAAAAGUCGAGCUCUUAUAUGCUUCAAUGGCCUUCACUUGCAAGCAAGCAUGAAAUUUUUGUAGUUUUUCACCGAGUACAAUUAUGAAGUAAAAAAAUAAUAAACUCACUGUUUAUAAUCAUGUACUCUGAUGUAGUGUAAACAUUUAUCAUAAAAUGUACUUGUAAACAACACAGCAAUUCAUUUCCGUUUUUCAUAUUAAAAGUGAAUGAAUUUCACAAAAUA